UUUAUCCAGGAAGUCCACGAUCUGCUGAGUGACUACGAGCUGAAAUACUGCUUUGUGGACAAAUACAAAGGGACUGCGUUUGUCACUUUGCUCAACGGGGAACAGGCGGAAUCAGCCAUCAAAAAAUUCCACCUGAGCAAACUGCGGGAAAAAGAGAUUUCGGUGCAGCUACAGCCUACGGACGCCCUCCUGUGCAUCGCCAACCUCCCCCAGCUCUACACCCAGCAGCAAUUUGAGGAGCUGGUGCGACCUUUUGGCAACCUGGAACGUUGUUUCCUGGUCUACAGCGAGAAAACGGGACACUCGAAAGGUUACGGCUUCGUGGAAUAUAUGAAAAAGGAUUCGGCAGCCAGAGCCAAGUCGGACCUGCUGGGGAGGCAGCUGGGCACGCGGACUCUCUACGUCCACUGGACGGACGUCAACCAGCUUACGCUGGACCUGCUCCAUUCCAAAUGCUUGUGCGUCGACAAGCUGCCCCACAACUACGCUGACCUCGAGGAGCUGCGACAGGUUUUUUCCACUGCUUGUGCCCCUGCUUUUUGCCAGCUGGCCUACGGGCAGGACGGGCAGCUGAAAGGCUUCGCGGUGCUGGAGUACGAAUCGGCGGAGAUGGCGGAGAUGGUUCAGCAGGCCACGGACGGUUUGCCGCUUGCCGGGAAUCACGUCCGAGUCUCCUUCUGCGCUCCCGGCCCUCCCGGCCGCAGCAUGUUGGCCGCCCUCAUAGCCGCGCAGGCGACGGCACUGAAUCGUGGGAAAGGGCUCCUCCCUGAGCCGAAUAUCCUCCAAAUUCUCAACAGCCUGGGAAAUCCCGCUUCCCUCCAGCUGCUGCUCAACCCCUUGCUCCACGGGGCUGUUGGAGGAAAGCAGGGGAUCCUCGGCGCCGCUCCCUCUGUGCCACUGGUGACCAACCCAGCCCUCUCCACCGCCCUCCUCCAACUCGCCCUGCAGAACCAAACCCAGGCACAGCAGAAGCCGGGGCUCCUAGGCGACUCACCGCUGAGCUCCCUGCCCCACGGCGCCCUGGGCCUGGCCACGGCGCCGGCGCAGCCCCCCGGCCAGCUCCUGGGAGAGCUCUCCUCCGGUGGCCCCUUGCCCGGUGACAUGGCACAGGGACACGUCAAAUCACCGAUUUUGCCUUCUGGAAACGUACCCCUGGCUUCUUUCCUGGGACCGGUGGGAGUAGAUCGGGAAAAUUCUGUGUUGGGGACACAAGUGCCUCAGCUCACCCCUCCCACCGUCACCCCCCCGGCUCUGCAGGGUCUCACCACCUCCAUUUUGGGAUCUGUCAUCAGCGGCCUCCAGAAACCAAAACAGAGUGAAAACGGACCUCCUGCCUCCGGGGUAAGGCCCCCUCGCUCCGGGAUGAGCCUGUCCCACCUUUGGGGGGGGCUCUGUGCUGUCAUCAGAUGCCCCCCAAUGUGGUUUUGGG